AUUUGUUUUGAUUGGAGCACGAGCACCGCUAACGUUGUAUAUCGUUUUCAUUAAUUACAUUGGUAACAUCUGUUUGAAUGAACUCAUUCAACAUACUGCGACUUGUGCCUGAAUGAAGUUUAACUACUUCGCAAAAAUUUUUCAUGUAAGAAAAUUAUUUCUUACAAAUUUCAAGCAACCUAGUAGCUUACUACAGUUAUUCUUCCUACAUUCAAGACCAGAACCGAAGUUAUUUACAAUGAAACUUGACACUCCCCAGUUUCGAAGCAUAUUUACACCAGAAGUCAAUGCAUUAUCAGACUUGUUUAAAAAAUAUGGAUAUGGAUUAAGAAUGGCUGGUGGUGCAGUUCGUGAUCUCUUAAUGGAUAAACAGCCUGAAGAUAUUGACUUUGCAACCACUGCAACUCCAGAUGAAAUGAAAAAGAUCUUUCAAGCUGAAGGUAUACGCAUGUUGCAUCGUAAAGGAGAAGCACAUGGAACUGUAACUAUUAGAUUAAAUGAUAAACAAAACUUUGAAAUUACUACUCUGAGAGUGGAUAUGACCACAGAUGGUAGACAUGCUGAAGUCAAAUUUACUACUGAUUGGGAAUUAGAUGCUGGCAGAAGAGACCUUACCAUAAAUGCAAUGUUUUUAGAUUUGGAGGGAAACUUGUAUGAUUAUUUUAAUGGCAAAGAAGAUUUAGAAAAAAAACAGGUCCGCUUUGUUGGUGAUCCAGAUUAUCGUAUUCAAGAAGAUUAUUUAAGGAUUCUUCGAUACUUCAGAUUUUAUGGAAGAAUUGCAGUUCAUCCAGAUAAUCAUGAUAGUCAGACAUUAGAAGCGAUCAGGAAAAAUGCUGAAGGAUUAGGCAAAAUAUCUGGUGAAAGAUUGUGGAUGGAAUUGAAAAAGAUUCUUAGCGGUAACUUUGCUAAAGAAAUUAUGUUAAGAAUGAUUGAUUUAGGAAUUGCUCCCUUUAUUGGAUUACCAGAAAAUCCAAAUGUAGCAGAAUAUGCUGAUGUCUGUGACAGGGCACUACCUAUGAAGCCUCAUCCUGUCACAAGAUUAGCAGCCUUACUUAGAAUAGAAGAAGAAGUUUUGGCUGUACAUUCACGGUUGAAGUUUUCUAAGUAUGACAGGGAUUUAGCACUAUUUUUAAUUAAUAACAAAAAUGUCACAGGCCAUCCACCAUUACGGCCCUUUAUACAUCUUAUAAUGAACUCAAAAAAUAAAGUGAGUGAUACCCAUGAAUGGUGCUGUGAGAUUUUGAAGUACAGAGGAGAUGUAUGUUUAUAUAAAGAACUGAGUGAGUGGAAAAUUCCAAAAUUUCCAAUCAGUGGACAUGUUUUGAUGGAAAAAGGAUACAAACCUGGACCAAAAAUGACUGAGAUUAUGACAAAUCUGAAAACGCAGUGGAUUGAAAGUAACUUCAAACUAACUAAAACAGAGCUUCUUGAAUCCUUGGACAAGAAUAUAUAUGGAGAUGGAUUGUAGUACUAGGAUUCAAAAUUAAUGUAAAUGUACAAAAUGCAAAAUAAUUUAUGCAGCAUUAGUUGAAAUGUACAUAAUGCCAAUAAAUUUUAUUUACUGAUAUUUUGA